AUGUUUUCAUCGGCGUCACGAAGUCAUCGCGCAACGCAGCAGCAAGCGGUGCCCGUCGGUGCUCGCUUGAACGACGACGUCCGUCACUCUAUUCCUCGGACUGGUUCGCAAGUAGAAGUGUGCGCCGGUGGAAAAAAAACAACGAAUUGUGUAAAGUAUACCGGAAAUCCAGAAGCUCUCGGAAAAUCGAAUGAUUCAGCGAAAUAUCAGGCAUCUAGCCAUAGCCUAUCAGCUGUAGCUAAUUUUUUAAGGGAUUUUCAAUGGUGGGACGGACGACGAUCCUUGUAUGGACGCAACACGAUAGCGGCAGCAGCAGCAGCCGGCGCCGCCGCCGCCGCCGAAGCAGCAGCAGCAGCAGCAGUAGCAGCAGCAGUAGCAGUAGCAGCGUCAGCAGGAACUGCAAGACGAGCAUCGGCGAAGAAGAAGAAGAAGGAAGAGGAAGAAGACACUGGCCGAACACAUUUGAAUGAUCGAACAAUUAUCGAAACAGUAGCAGCAGCGUCCGUCCGUCCGUCCGUCCGUUCGUUCGCUGCUGCUUCAAGUGCUGGUGCUGGUGGUGGUUGUCCAAUACGUUGCUGUUGA